UUAGAGACCUCUAACUGCUAUUGCAACUAUUUUGAAAGGCGUAUCACGAUCAAAAUCAUUAUGGCUUCCUUUGCGAGAAAACUGCCACUACUUUUGGCUUUAUUUCUUGUAGAAAAAGCUGAAGGUAAGGUUAAAUUGAGGUUUAAUUUCUCGAGCAAGGUUUAUUUAGCGUAAUCUAUUUCCUUGACGAAGGGUGCAUUUUUUUUAGUUUAACUUCACUCGGCUGAUGGCUAAUGCCACGUAAAAUUUCAUGCGAAAACCGAUAUCAGACUCAUCGCUUCGUUCAAGUGAAAUUUAACGUGGAAUUCACUUGGCAGUAGAGGUAGUAAAUUGUCCGUGAAUCACAUUAUUGAUCUCUUAUAUUUUAAAAAAAGCACUUUGUUAAGCUAUUAUUAUUAUCAGUAUUUUUUAUGAUUAGUCAAACGCACGAUCACCAAAAGCAAGUCCAAGUCAACUGUCAAAACCGUCAAGAGCUAGCAGUGGGUUGACAUUUAUAAUUAAUUCACAAAUGAUAUGGUCUUCUAUAAUUUAUGCAGUGUAAAUAGAAAUCAAGCAGAUUAUCUACUGUGAACUAUGUAAUUGUAGUUGGAAAGCGCUUCUUAAUAUUCUUCAUAUUUCCAUUUUACACUGAUUUUUUCAACCAUUUUGAAGUUAAAAAAUGGAGCAAAACUAACACAUUGUGCAGAGGGAAACACUGUCAGUCAAUUGCGUGUAAACAAGAAGAUUGAGUUAUAAUAAUUGUCACGCGAGGAAAGAAAAAAAGAAAGAGAAAGAGAAAAAUAAAACAUAGCCCCUUUAAAAACAAGAUAGCAACAUUUUCGAUGUUUUGCAAUAAUUUUAUACUCAAAAGAAAAGGCGAUUGUAGCAACAGUUCCGUGACGUCAAACUUCAAGGCCACAAGAGAUGAAACGAAAAGUAAGUCGAUUCAGUCGCUAAGAAGCUUUUUAAAUAAGUCUUUAUUAUUAUUAUCGUUAUUGUUAUUAUUAUUAGUAGUAGUGGUAGUAGUAGUAGUAGUAUUAGUAUGAGUAUUGUUAUUAUUUUUAAGAACAGUCUUUGAAUAAUAAAGCAUAUCAGCUAUGGUGAAGAUAAUGGGGCCUAUAUUUUCCCAAUUUCCAUGAAGGUUCUUAAAAACGCUACUUAGAAUAUUUUACUCCAUUUUCCCGUCAUUUAUUUUUAUGGCAGAAUUCUCUGAGAUUUUAAGAAAGAAAUUGGCAAUGUGUGACUACUACUAUUAACUCAGGCUCUCUUUUUAAAAACCGUAUGCUUUCAUGACAAUUUAACGAUUUACGAAUUUGAAAGACCCUUUCCAGCUAACUGGCAACCUAAUUUGCGUCAAAACCGCUUUUCUUUUAUUCGUCGUCGGCGUUUGAAGUGCUUAUAAGUGAAAUUUAUGGCCGUUUAUGCCGUUUCUUAAGCGUGGUUUCUAUAGCAUAGUGACAGGCUUUAGUUAACAGCAGACAAAGUGUCGACUCAAGGCUUUGAAUUGAAUAGAACUUUGAAAGCUUUGCACUUUCGUGAAUGACAUAUUUACAUCUGACAGACAAGAAGUCAAAGUGGUUGUAAAUUUUCUCUCAGUACUGAUCAAACAAGGCAGCUCAAAGAGGUGUAAUCUCGUUCUCAAGUCGCAAUAGAGGAGUUCAUGCUCAUAGUUACAUUAUGGGUAAUCAGUGCAAGAUGGCGGGAAAUUUAAAGAUUUGUAUUGCAAUUCAAAGCCUGCUAUCCCUUCCUGAAUUCAUAUAUUUGAGGCUAUCUCUUUGAAAAGAGUAACUUACGAGUUCAAAGAAAAAAUAAACUAAAUCUGGAGUGCAAAGAAGUCCGUGAUCAGUUUUUAGAAAACCUUGAUUUUCCCCAUACAUUUUCUGCAAUUCGACAGUAUCAAAAUUACAGAAAAUGUAUGGAAAAAUUCUGAUUUUCUAAAAACUGAUCACGGACUUCUUUGCACUCCAGAUUUAGUGUAUUUUUUCUUUGAACUCGUAAGUUACUCUUUUCAAAGAAAAAGCAUCAAAUAUAUGAAUUCAGGAAGAAUUAGCUGGCUUUGAAUUUGGAUACAAAUCUUUGAAUUUCCCGCCAUCUUGCCCUGAUUACCCAUAUUUUUGAAAACGGAGAUUUUUCGUAGCCUUCCUUCUACACGUAAAGGGCGUUUUGGGGCAUCAAAACCCAGGUUUUCGAAAACGGCCUACAGCGUGGAGUUUUAUGAAAACGUCGAAUUUAUAUCGUUUUAGACGGAAGAAAACGGAUAUGAUGAUGACAUUCUUUGCAUAAGUCUAGCAUUUUCUUGUGAACUGGCAAGAACGAUUUGAGAACAUUGCGUUAGUAUGCGUACUUUUUUUAAAACGAAGAAUGAAAUCUCAGAAUUGCAGAUAUUUCCUAGAAAUAUCAUAAACGAAAUCAUUAAAAAAACAGCACUGAAUGUCCUUCCAAAUAAUUAAAUACUGAGCAUUGCAUUUGGUUGCAUAAGAUUUUACAUAUUAGAUCCCAAGACACUUGCAUAUCUCAGGUAUAUUAAGGCCUUCGUCUGCCACAGUUUUACUCUGAAAUAUAAGGGGGUGGUCUAUCUUCAAAAGAAAAUGUAUGGCAAGGGUGAGAGAGGCCAUUGCAUUAUCCCUGUUAAGAUAGUAUUUUUGAGAUUGACAUCACCAUGGUAACGUGUUGCGUGACCAAGUAACACUUCACUUCCGUAUUUUUUCUUAAAGGAUUCUAUAGGAAGGGGUAAAAUAAUUUUUACUGAGCAUUUUUGUUGGCGUUGUUUUUACCUAUCUACAGUACUUUCAAAAUGUAACUGGAAUGGUGGUAUGCCCACCCUUGAUGAAUAUUUUCUGGUUGUCACGUGACAGAAAAUCGUUACAUUUCAAUGAACACGUGACCUGGACAUGCCUUCCAUAUUAACGAGGGCAAAGGCAGACUUAAGCUCUAGCUUUUUAGCAAGAAAGAGAAUGUUUUACUUACCCCACACUCCUUCUACUUCUCCGCAAUUGAUUUAUUUUCCCUUUUUGAUUUUACUCUUUAUUUUUAAUCUCUAUCCAUGACCGUACAUCUACCGUACAUCGACCCCACAUCGACCCUACAUGGACCCCACACUGACCCUACCCUUAACUUUUUUUUUCCACCUCCACCGCCACCACCACGUUUUUUAUUGUUUCCCUCUUCCACCACCACCACCACAUUUCUAUUGUUUUCUUUCCACCACCGCCACCACCACAUUUCUAUUGUUUUCCCUCCACUACCAGCACCACCACAUUUCUAUUGUUUUCUUUCCACCACCGCCACCACCACAUUUCUAUUGUUUUCCCUCCACUACCACCACCACCACAUUUCUAUUGUUUUCUUUCCACCACCGCCACCACCACACUUCUAUUGUUUGCCCUCCACCACCACCACAUUUCUAUUGUUUUCCCUCCACAACCACCACCACCACAUUUCCAUUGUUUUCUUCCACCACCAUCACCGCCACCACAUUUCUACUGUUUUCCCUCCACAACCACCACCGCCACCUGCACAUUUCUAUUGUUUUCUUUCCACCACCAAAUCACUUUACAAAGAGGAGGUAAAACAAUAGAAAUGUGGCGGUAGUGGUGGAAAAAAACAAUGGAAAUAUGGUGAAGAAGGAAAACAAUAGAAAUGUGGUGGUGGUGGUGGAGGAAAAACAAUAGAAAUGUGGUGUUGGUGGUGGUGGUGGUGGUGGAAAGAAAGCAGUAGAAAUGUGGUGGUGGAGGGAAAACAGUAGAAAUGUGGUGGUGGUGGGGGUAGGGUCAGUGUGGGGUCCAUGUAGGGUCGAUGUGGGCUCGAUGUACGGUAGAUGUGGUCGUGGAUGCGUAUCAAAAAUAAAAGUAAAAUCAAAAAGGGAAAAUAAAUCAAUUGUGGAGGAGUAGGAGGGGUGUGGGGUAAGUAAAAUUUUGUCUUUCGUGCUAAAAAGCUAGUGCCUUUGCCCUCAUUAAUAUACACGAUUUGCCAGCCAAAAAUCAGUGAACCGGAACAAGGACAAUCACAGCAGGAAAUAGGACUUGCAUAGUUACGUCUCAGUGAUUUUAAGUCACAGUCAAGUUUGACUUUACUCCUCAGACUAUGACUAUGAAUUAACGAAUGAAAACGUUUCUUAUUUUCUAACUAACCAAUCGAAAAUGAAGACGUUUAUCGACCUUAAAGUAACCAGAAAACCUAAACCAACUUAAAACAGCACACAACCUUAUCUUAAUGGGAUUCCUGCGCAUUAUACUCAUGAGAUAACGACAAAAGGUUAUGACGUCAUCGGCGUUAAUUUAUUCCACUUCAAAGUAAUGAGAUUCCAUUUCAAACAAAGGCCUAACCGGUGCACUCUGCUAGAAAGAUCGCCUCUAAAUUAGUAAAAUUAAUUACCAAGUUUGGCAGUGAUUGGUUGAAAACUAACGGAUAUAUAGCUCCUCAAAGCCGCGAAAUUUUACGGACAUUUGAAUUUCCACCUAUGUAACAAGUAUUUGUCAUUGAUAGAGUAUCUAGUUAUAAACUCUUGGGGGUUAUUAUCUCUAAUGACCUCUCUUGCAACGAACACUGUGACAGUAUCCAUGAAAAAGCUACUAAGCGAUUGUUUGUGCUGCGGACCCUCAAGAGAGUUGGACUGGCCGGGCACUAACGAUCUCGUGUUAGUCUACUGUAAGUGUUGUUAGAUCCAUUGUCGAGUACGCCUUGCCAGUUUGGGCUGCGAUCCCUUUAUACCUGGACGAGUUAAUUGAGUCUGUACAGCGGAAAACUCUUAAAAUAAUAUUUGGCCUUGUAGACUAUACGGAGGCCUUGGUCUUGGCCGGCCUAGAGUCUCUUAGUGACAGGAGGGUAGGAGCUUGUAAGCGGUUUAUGGCUACUGCACGCCAAAUGUCCCCCCUUAAGAACGUCAUCCCAUCUCCUGCCGCUUUUGAGUCUCAUUACAGUAUAAGGGUCCAACUUCCAAGACGUCAACAUGGUCAUACCAGAAGAAUUAAUGACUUUGUAACCUAUAAAUUUCAGUGAAUGUAUGUAAAUAGUUAAUUGUA